UUGCAUAAUAUGCAAACCGCAUUGCGUUGCAGAAACAUUUCAUCCCAUUGAUGUCCCAUAAACUUUAAAGUAUUAUAUUCAGAUUAAUGAAAUAUACAAAGGACAAUCGGAAUACCCCAGAAACCUCUGCAUAAAACCGAAAUAAAAGACGUUAACUUCCGUGUUUGUAAUGACAAAAUUUAAAAAGAACAUUUUUAAGGCGUUUAAUAAGCUUGUUUAAAAAAAAGGGGAAAAGGUGUUUAAUAAAGUCUAUAUUUAUUCAUUUCUUGUUUGCAAAGUUAAUCUUUAAUAAAAACCUUGUGAAACCAGUUGGUUUUUUUGCGUGCAGGCUAUAAACCUUGAGCUUUGUGCUGAUGGCUUGACUUUGCAAGUAUUUACAAUUAAACUACACAAGUAAUUCAAUUGUCUUUGCUUGACACCAACAGAUCAUCUAAUGAAUGAUUUGUUGUUUUUAAUGUUGUUGACCAAUAAAUAUAGUUAACAACAUUAAAAGCAUGAUUGUUGUACCUUAAUUCGUCUCUCUUUCCCCAUUUUCCAACCAUAAAGUUGUCAUCAUGACUUGGCAAAACUUCAGUCAGCCCACCUACAUGCUGAUAUGACUCAUCUGAGAUAAAGUUCAAAUUUUCAUGCUGCUGUUCUCUGCUAUUCAGUGCGGUCCUAACACAUCUGGUUUUUGUCCGUUGCCAUGCCUCUCUGGAUAGACAUGUCGACCAAAGUUGCCGUGGUGACAGGAAGCAACAAGGGAGUGGGACUAGCCGUCGUCCGAGCGCUCUGCAAGCAGUGGCAGGGGGACGUCUACCUCACCGCUAGAGAUGUUGGUCGAGGUCAGGCGGCCGUAGAGUCUCUGGCCUCAGAGGGGCUGAAGCCUCUGUUUCACCAGCUGGACAUCAACGACCUGGACAGCAUUAAAACAGCUGCUGCUUUCUUCAAGGGGAAGUACGGAGGAGUGGACAUCCUCAUCAAUAAUGCCGCGAUAGCGUUCAAAGUUGCAGACACGACUCCGGUGGCUGUCCAGGCAGAAGUGACCCUACAGACAAACUUCUUUGCUUCCAGAGAUGUCUUGACUCACUUCCUGCCGCUCAUCAAACCAGGCGGUCGUGUGGUGAACGUCUCAAGCUUUGUUGGUCCCCGUACCCUAAACAAGUGCAGCCUGGAGCUCCAGCAGCGUUUCCGUAGCGAUGACAUCACAGAGGACGAGCUGGUGGGCCUGAUGCAGCGAUUCGUCGACAAGGCCAAGAAAGGAGAGCUCAAGCAAGACGGCUGGCCCGAAAUGCCAUACGGCGUGUCGAAACUGGGACUGACUACUCUGUCCAUGAUCCUGGCUCGACAUCUGUCCAAGAAAAGACCACAUGAUGGGAUCUUGCUGAACGCUUGCUGUCCAGGAUGGGUGCGCACUGACAUGGCCGGUGAGAGAGCAGCCAAGUCACCAGAUGAGGGCGCCGUCACACCGGCAUAUCUGGCCCUUCUGCCGCCUGAAACUACAGAACCUCAUGGAAAGUUUGUCUCUGACAAGAAAGUUCAGCCGUGGUGAACACUGGAUGAGUUUAAGUCUUCACAGAGGCAAAAAUCUGUAAAUGUUUUAAGAAACGGUUGAAACCGGUUACUGAAAUAAGGUACAAAAGAACCUUAUUACUAACAACACCACAAACUGCAAAGUUUCACAAAAAAAGUCACUACAGCUACCCAGUCAACAACACAAGCAAAAGGCUUUACCAAGAUAUCCCAAAGUGUUCUGAUUGGACAUCACAGAUAUAGUACAGAGGAGAGGUCAAGGGAAAAGCUGGCUCCCUUUGACUUUUCUCUCCCGUUUGACAUUUUGGAUUCUGGCAUUGGCUGUUACAUGCACACACAGAUAACGAUAAAGAUAUUCUUAAAUGCUG